UGCAGCUUGUUGUGACACUGGCCUGGAAUAACCACUCCUACAUCAGGAAGCCAAGCGUCACCCGCCCCUCCGGAUUGUGUGACACACAGGAACGACCCUGCCCCUCUGUAUGCACUGUGCCUGUCUGCAGCCGCUUUGUAUUCAGCAGAUGUCCGGGGACAAGGCCACUGCCUGCUGCUGAGAUCUGGGGUUUUUACUUUUUUUUUUUAACCUGUUUUAUCUGAAGAAAUAAUGAAACCAAAAGUGGUCUACAAACCAAUUUCCUCUCCAGAGGAGCCAGAGGAUCAUCUCGUAUACAUGAACCAACUACAGACCAAUGCUCGCAGGUACUAUCAAUGUGCAUUGGUCGUUGCCGCAUUGGUCACUGUAUUGUUUUGUCUCAUGGCUGCUCAGCUUCUGCUAUUCCCACUGCUAUGCACAAGUUCAACUGAGAAGUUGGAAAAGAUGCAGGACAACAGCUGUAGCGACCCAUGCAAUAUCGUUCUAGUAGAAAGCAUCCCUGAAGGGCUGGAAUAUGGUCCAAACUCCACCACCAAUCCUUCAGUGUUCCAAAGCUGGAUGACUCUUCUGAGCCAAGCUAAGAGCAGCGUGGACAUUGCAUCUUUCUAUUGGACUCUGACCAAUAAUGAUACUCACACCACACAUCCCACAGCCAAAGAGGGGGAACUGAUCCUACAAGAAAUGCUCAAACUAAAGCAGCGAGGUAUUCAUCUAAGAGUUGCUGUCAACCCUUCAGGAUCUCCAGCAAAGGACACUGACAUUAAUGCACUGAGAGACAGCGGAGCUGAGGUUCGUGUUGUAAACCUGCCACACCUGACUGAUGGCGUGCUGCACACUAAAUUCUGGGUGGUGGAUGGCAAACACAUAUAUAUUGGCAGUGCCAACAUGGACUGGAGGUCAUUAACACAGGUUAAAGAAUUGGGUGCCACAGUCAAUAACUGUACUUGUCUUGCCCAAGAUUUGGGAAAAAUCUUUGAGGCUUAUUGGGCACUUGGUGAAGCAAACGCUACCAUUCCGUCUCCAUGGCCUGACACAUUCUCCACCAUUUACAACAAAGAAACUCCUAUGGAGGUGUCUCUUAACAACACAGCAUCUCAAGUGUAUCUGUCUAGUUCACCUCCUCCACUCUCUGCCAAAGGUAGGACAGGGGAUUUAGACUCCAUCCUGAGCAUUAUAGAUGACGCCAAGAAGUUUGUGCAUAUCUCUGUCAUGGAUUUCACACCCACGGAGGAGUUUUCUAAACCACGGAGGUACUGGCCAGCAAUUGACACGCAUCUGAGAAAAGCCGUAUACGAGAGGCACGUGACAGUCCGGCUGUUGAUCAGCUGCUGGGCAAAUACUAACCCAAAUAUGUUCCCCUUCCUGAACUCCCUUGCUGGUCUGAAAAGUACAAAGCCGCACUAUGAUGUAGAAGUGAAAAUUUUCGUAGUUCCAGUGUCUCCUGAUCAGAAGCAUAUCCCCUUUGCCCGUGUAAAUCACAACAAGUAUAUGGUGACUGAUAGAGUGGCUUACAUCGGUACUUCCAACUGGGCUGGAGACUAUUUCAUCCGUACAGCAGGAUCCGCACUAGUGGUGAAUCAGACCUGCACUGCGAACGCCACAAACACCAUGCAGGGACAACUGGAAGCCGUGUUCAUGAGAGACUGGAACUCCAACUACAGCCAUGUAAUGCAUUCCCUGACCUCCUACAAGGAAAAGUGCAUCUUCUGAGGACCAAACCACUGGAACUUCUGUACAACAUGGACUCUGUGCAGAAAUAAGCAGAUCAAAUUGAGAGUAUUGUACCCACUGGUGCACACAGGUCACUGCUGUCUUCCGUUACAUCAGUGGGGUAUGAAGAGUGACCACUGCAGCACUUUGUAAGGAAUUCUUCUGUUACCACUUUAAGAUCAGCACCUUCCAUGUGAAUGAAUUAUGGGUCCGGUCAGUCGUGUGGGUGCUGAAGCUUCUCUGCAAGAACAAAUACACCUCCAUUCUACUGGAGAAACCUGAACUUAAUAGGGGGCUAAGACUUUUUAUGGGGGAGGUGGGGGAAACAAUGAAUUUGAUGGUACUGGGACAUAGUGAAUGAUUUG